AUGGGUUGGGUUAGAGGAGAAACCCUCGGAAAGGGUGGUUUUGGGUUCGUCUCCAUCGCCAAAACCAUGCAAGAUCAUAAUCUGCCGCCGUUGAUUGCCGUGAAAUCCGCCAAUUUUUCCGAAUCCGAAUCAGUGCAGAAGGAGAAGGUGCUGCUCGACAAGUUCCAGUCAUGCCCCUCUAUCCUCCGCUGCUUUGGAGACGAAAUCACCACCGAAAACGGGGAGAAACUCUACAACAUAUUGCUCGAGUAUGCCUCGGGCGGAUGCCUCGUCGACCACAUCACCGUCAAAGGCCUUCCGGAAAUCACGGUCAGCCGCUGCGCGAAAUCCAUACUCACGGCGCUCCUUCACAUCCACAAGGCGGGCUACGUUCACUGCGACGUGAAGCCUCACAACGUGUUGCUCGUCGGCCAAGACGCGAAGCUCGCAGAUCUCGGGAGCUGCUGCUGCAAGACGAGCUCCGUCGACGGAAAUAGUAGGUGA